AUACAGGCGCUGAGGAUGUUUGGAGGCUGGGUAACUGCGAAGACAAGGCUCGAGGAAGCUUCGACUUGUGUUGAAUCGAACAAUCAGAGAACUGAGAGACAUGAGGCUGGUCCUCAUUUUGACAACGUUUUCGUUGCUGUGCUUGGCCUCCAAUGGCGCUAUAACUUCUCGAUUGCUUCAGCGCAAUUCUCAUAGCAGCAAUUUCUUGACCACCGACGAACUCUGGUUCAAUCAGACUGUCGAUCACUUCUCCCCUUUGGAUCACAGUAAGUUUCCGCAACGGUACUAUGAAUUCACUGACUACUUUCGACUUCCUGAUGGACCGAUUUUUUUAAAGAUAUGUGGAGAAGCUUCAUGCGAUGGGAUACCCAAUGAUUAUAUCAGUGUUUUGGCAAAGAAAUUUGGAGCAGCUGUGGUUUCUCUUGAGCAUCGCUACUAUGGAAAGAGUUCCCCCUUUCGGUCUCUGAGAACAGAAAAUCUGAAAUAUCUUUCAUCUAAGCAGGCACUUUUUGAUUUGGCCGUUUUCCGUCAAUAUUAUCAGGAAUCCUUGAACGUAAAAGUCAAUCGAUCAAAUGUUGAAAAUCCAUGGUUUGUUUUUGGUGUUUCGUAUGCUGGUGCUCUUAGUGCAUGGUUUCGUCUAAAGUUCCCACAUUUAACAUGUGGAAGUCUUGCCAGUUCUGCAGUUGUCCUUGCUAUUUACAACUUUACUGAAUUUGACCGUCAGAUUGGAGAGUCAGCUGGUGCUGAAUGUAAAGCUGUAUUACAAGAAGUUAAUGGACUUGUUGAACAGAGGCUUGCAGUUGAUGGAAAUGCUGUGAAGUCAUUGUUUGGUGCUGCUAGUCUCAAGAUUGAUGCUGAUUUCCUGUAUCUUCUGGCAGAUGCUGCAGUUACAGCAUUUCAAUAUGGUAAUCCAGAUAUGCUAUGCUCCCCUCUUGUUCAAGCGAAAAAGGAUGGAGAGGAUCUGGAGAAUGCGUAUGCCACAUAUGUAAAAGAGUAUUAUCUUGGAACCUUUGGUGUCAGCAUUGAAACUUAUAAUCAGCAGCAUUUGAAAAGAACUAAUUCCGCUGGGGAUACAUCUGAUCGGUUGUGGUGGUUCCAAGUUUGCACUGAAGUUGCAUUCUUCCAGGUGGCACCCUCAGAUGAUAGCAUGCGCUCUUCAGAGAUUAAUACAAAGUACCAUUUAGACCUAUGCAAGAAUGUCUUUGGCAAUGGCAUCUAUCCUGAUGUUGAUGCAACAAAUAUAUACUAUGGAGGCACAAAAAUUGCUGGUUCAAAAAUAAUUUUUACGAAUGGCUCCCAGGACCCCUGGCGACAUGCAUCCAAACUGACCUCAACCCCGGACAUGCCUUCCUUCCUUAUUUCUUGUCAUAAUUGUGGCCAUGGAACUGAUCUGCGAGGAUGUCCCCAAUCUCCUUUAAGCCCUGAAGGUAUGUUAACUGGUUUCAGCUUUUUAUGUUGCGAAUACUCUCUGAGGUUUCAAAUGAAAACCUUGUAUGCCUCAAAAACAUGGUAUACAAGUAACAUAAGGUUGAGUUUCAACAAAAAGUCCACUUGACUCCCUAACUAUUUAUUCUAUCCUCUCUUUUUGUUAGUGGUUCAAAAUUAAUUAUGUUUCUCAUUCACCCUUUCACAAAGAGAUCCAUGCAAAAAAAAUCUCUUAUCACUAGUAUAUCACGAACUCUAUUCAGUAAUAAUGACUUCUAGAUAACGCCAUAUUGGGUUCUAGCUUGCGAUUCCAGGCACAUGUACUUUUGAAUUAUUGUUAUAUUUGGCAGUCCUUCCACUGAUGAAUUGCAGCAUGACACAUUACUUUGAGUUCCUGUGAGAUUCAAACCACUUUAGUUUUCCCUAUUAUGCACAAGGGCAGUUUUAUUCAGAAUUAUCAAUUUGUGCAUCAAAUAUUUAACUCUAGCAGCUAUUGGAAGCCACUUAUUCUCAAAACAGGGCCCAUACGAACUGGGACCACUUCUGCUUCUAUUCAACCAUAAAAUUUUAUUGAACUGCUGCUUUGUGUGGCAUUCUGACAAAUUAUGCAAAGAUAGCCGUCUCAUUGCUCCUCAGUCCCAUUCUAUGAAUGAUUGGACUUACAUCUUCUUGCCUUUUGGUUUCAGGUGAUGCCAAGAACUGUAGCUCUCCUGAUGCAGUUCACAAAGUUAGGCAACAGAUCAUAGAACACAUAGACCUGUGGCUGUCCCAGUGCCAGGCCACAGGUAGGAGUUAUAUGUGAUAGAUUUAUGGCAGAGGUACAUGUAUGUGACAGCUUUUUCUUUGACUAACCUUGAUCUCCUGUAUUACCUUCUCAACAGAUGUGUAAUUGCUCACUUAUGAAAGAUGAGUGCCGUAUCAAUCUUCUUAUGUAUGUAAGACCAGUAUGAACAGAAAAUAAUAUCUAUUAUUUAUCAA